AUGUUCCGCAACUGUUCAAACAUCGACGGACAGAAUGAUGCAGCCAUGAAGAUUGACAUGACAGCUCCCGUGACGACGCUGGUCAUCCCCGGAGAAGGACCCAACUGUGAGAACAACUUCACCAUGAGCUUCUACGUCCCCGCCGCCCACCAAGACAACCCGCCCACGCCCACCAACCCUGACGUGUACAUCGAAGAGCGACCGGAACUGCACGUUUUCUCCAGGAGGUUCCACGGGUUCGCCAACGACGAGGACUGGAUCGUGAACGCCGCGCAGCUUCACGACGACCUGGUGGCAGCCGGCGAGGAAGGCGUCGACUUCCAGACCUACUACACAGCUGGUUACGACUCGCCCUACGUCAUCAUCGGCCGCAAUAACGAAGUCUGGUUCAUGAAAUGA